AUGUCGAACCCCGGACAAUUUCUCGCGGGAAAACGCAUUAUUGUCGCUGGUGGGAGUUUUGCAGCAUUGUCCUUCGUGAUCGCCCUAGAUCAGCUGUGGAACCCCUCACUAGAGCAUCCCGAAGUCACGUUGUACGAGCGAGACGAUCGGAACAAGUCAAUCAAUAAAGACCCCUACGUGCUGAACAUCAACGGAGCGAGCCGCGAUGACGGACUGGUCGCCAUUCAACAGCUCGGAUUACUAGAUGGAAUUCGCAGCCAUGCGACUCUGAAUGGGGGUGACAUUAAAGUGUGGUCCGACAACUGGAAAUGGCUCUCGUCUAUCAACCCAAGUGCCUACGGCAGCCUCCCCGCUGCCACGAUGCGCAUCACACGCGCCGACCUAAAGCGCAUUCUCAUAGAAAAGGCAGAGGGAACUAAGACAACAUUGAACUGGGGAUCAGCCUGCGAAUCAGCCGAAAGGCUCCCCGGAGGUGAGAUACGAGUCACGCUUUCGAACGGCACAACCCAAGACUGCGACCUGCUUGUCGCCGCAGAUGGCGCAAACAGUAACAUGCGAGCUUGCUUCCGACCCAACGACACGGAGACUAGUUAUGCCGGCGCAUCCCAGAUUGGUGGCAUAUCCCAUCUCCCAGCAGGAGUUCCCAAGCCGAUCCAUGAGAACUACGGCUUACAAAUGUCCUCGGGCGAAGGAGUCUGCUGUAUCUACAACCCUUUUGACAACGAACGAGUAGCCUGGGCAGUGAGCACGGUCGGACCUGAACGAAAACCCAAGACCGACUUCACGGCUCAGGAAUAUUUGGCACUGAAGCAGGAGGCACUCAAGACAGCAUCCAUGUUUCAAGAACCUUUUAAAACAGUCGUCGAGGCCACUAUUCCUGGCACCGCAUUUAUCCGUCCCGCCAAGGAGAAGUCCGCCUUCCAACACGAUGCUCAGCUGAAAGGUGUCAUUUUCAUCGGUGACGCAAAUCAUAUCCUCAGCGCUUUUGAGUAUGUAGGCGCUAACCUGGCGCUGAAGGACGGGUGGGAUUUGGCAGAGCAGAUUUGUCGGAAUACGUCCAUGGAUGCGGCGGUUUCUUCUUAUGACCGAUUAAGCAUUGCUCGGUUCGAGCCUGUUUUCAAUUUUUCGCAUGAGCGCAUUGGGUUUGGGCAUUGUACUGGGAAGAAGUGGACGUUUUAUAAAUAUGGGAUGGCUGCUCAAAGGGCGUUUAAGCAGGUUCAUUAA